GCUGAAAUCUUUUCGCUCUCUUUGGAGCACUUUGCUCACUGGCGUAAAGUGAGUGAUGAGUCCGGUACCCAGUAAAGAAGCGAGAACUUGCUUUGCAGCCUGAGUAGUUCUUCUUUCGAUUGUUAUUGUCGCUUUUAAAAAAACCUUUAUUUUACGGAAACUUCCCCGUGAUUGAAGCGAAAGUGGAACAAAAGUGCUUUUGAAGUCGGAACAUGGAACUACAAGGCCUGCAAGAGGCGUUGAAAGUAGAAAUCCAAUGUCAUCAGAAACUAGUUGCACAGAUGAAGCAAGACCCACAGGAUGGCGAGCUUAAGAAACAGCUUCACGACAGACAGACAAGAAUAACAGCCUUAAGCGAAAAACAAAAGCUGGCUGUAAGAAGUUGUCCUGUGGGGACAGCCAAGCCUCUCUCCCUCAUCAAGCCGAGCAGCCAGAGCAUAGCCAUCUCCGUGGUGCCGGCGAAGGCUCCCGUUUCCAUGGUGACCGCACACAUUAAUGGACAAAAGGCGGCGAGCUCGGAGCCGCUGCAGACGUCGCCCAUCAACCUCCAAACGGCGAGCCGCAUGACGACGACGGCGAACAGCGGGCACCCCUACAGCCGCAGAGUAGGAGAGCUGCCCCACUCACAGAUGCUGGGAACACUCACUGCUGUACCCAUAAAGGUGCCUCAGGUCAGCUCUCUGCACCGGCUGGCAGGGAAGGCGUCCACAGUGCUACCUCAGGUUAGGCCAAAGACCAUGAUCCCGGACAGCCUCCCGGUCAGCCCGUGUCAGCAGGAGCAGCAGUCUAGCCAGCCGGUGCAGUCGGUGCAGCCGCUCAGCCUGAUGCGCAGCGUCCACAGCCACAGCAGCAGCAACAGUAACAACAGCAGCAGCAGCAGCAUGGUGGUGCUCCCACUGACCCCUCGCAGCCAGGGCCCCCCCGCGUUGCCCACUGCCAACUGUACCUUCAGCCCCGAGCGCCUGCCCCAACAUCAGCAGCAGCAGCAGCAGCAUCAGCAUCAGCAGCCCAACGGCCAGCAGCAGCAGCUGAGUGACCGCUCACCGCCACCGCAGACCACCGUCGCCGUCGCUGCCGUCAUCGUCAAUGCCACCGCCACCCCCGCCGCGCCAGUGCAAGCUCCCGUGCCCACCACACCUCCAGCGGCCGUCGUGUCCACGGGGAGCACCAGCUCCAGCCCGGGGGUGGCCUACGCCAUCAUCUCCACGCCGACCGCGGCCGGCAAUGGGGUGGCGGCGGUCAGCGAAGCGGUGAAGGUCCAGCCGCUGCUGUUCAGCAGCGACAACAAGGUGAUCAUCAUCCAGCCUCAGCUCCCCAGCGGCUCGCAGGAUUUGCCAGCACCUCAGACCGACAGCCAAUCACAGUCUGAGUGUAGUUCCGCCCCCGCCUCACCAGCCAAGAAGAAGGAGGAAGUGGACCCUGAGAAAAUUGCCUUCAUGGUUGCACUUGGCCUGGUCACUACGGAGCAUCUGGAGGAGCUACAGACCAAGAGACAGGAGCGGAAGAGAAGAAGCACAGCCAACCCAGCCUACAGUGGCCUGUUCGAGCCAGAGCGCAAGCGUCUUGCAUCCAAUUACCUGAGCAAUCCACUCUUCCUAUCAGCAAGAGAUCCAGAGGACUUGUGCUGGAAGGACGAGCUGGAGCAUGAUGACCAUUGCGCCGUGUGUAAGGAGGAGGGCGAGCUGCAGCAGUGCCACACCUGCCCCCGCGCCUUCCACCCCGACUGCCUCCAUCCGCCUCUCAAAACGCCGCCCAAGGGUGUAUGGAUGUGCCCCAAGUGCCAGAAGAAGGUACUGAACAAAGAGAAUAUGGCUUGGCCACACAACUUUGUCCAGUCAUACGUUACACACAAAACAAUGAAAGAGGAUGAGAAGAGGAAACUGUUGCGGAGGAACUGUGAGCUGAAGAAGGAGUGUGCUCACCUCGAAGAGCAGGACCACAGGCUCAGCAGCUCCCUCACAAAAUGCAUUGACCUGAAGGACAGGCUGCUGGGACAGCAGCGAGAGACCCAGGCCUCUCUGGAGCGACUCAAGGCCCUCAUCCGCCUCAUCCAGCGAGACCAGGUCAUCCAGGUCACCAUGACGGCCACCACCACCACCACCGCCGGCGCCUCGCUCCUGUCCCUGCCCUGGAUCAAGCCCACCGGCAGCGGUGGGGCUAACUCGCCUUCUGGCACCACAGCUCCCCCUAUGGGCUCCAGCACGCUUCUGCAGAAGAGUCUGCCUCAGCCCCAAGGCAACAACUGACCACACAGCAGGUCACUUGAGAUCACAUGCUAUAAAAACAACACGCAGAGAGAGGAAAAGAGCAAAGUGUUUCUUUUUAAAUUCACAUGCAUACACACACACACACACACACACACACAUUAACAUAUGCUCUGACUGACACACACACGCUCACAAAGAGAGGUUUUAAGAAACCAUGGAAACACCGUCACAAGAAGGACAUAUGCGAUAUUUACCUUGCGUGGAUUUUUUUUUCUGAAGGAACUGUUAUGUCUUAUGAUUAUAAAUCUAAAACUCACAAAAAAGAACAAAUAUAUCCUUCACUCGAUUCAUAACAAGUAUUUUUUGACUCCAACACCUACAGUGCUUAAGAGAUUUUUUUUUACUUAUUGUUUUUAAAAAAAAAAAAACUGUUAAUUUAUUAUCGUUCUUGGCCUUAAUGUAUUUAUCGACUUUAAAAAGCAGAUCACAGUGCCGCCAUGGAUACAUCAAAUAAGUAUUUCCCUGCGGCCAGAGAUUUCUUUUCGUUGUUAAAAAAAAGACAGGAAAAAUGACUAAUUGUUCUACUUCUAGUGGGAGAGAAAUUAGAGUAGUGUUAGUUAUGAAUAAACCACAGACAUAUGAGAUGGGGAAGAGAUGUACAUUGAUAUAUCGGCAUAGAUAUUUGUUCUCAUUCUCCUAUGAACAAUAUUUGCCAUAUGAAUUCAGGUGA